CAGCACACGGAGGAAUUUUUCAUCAAGCCCGAGUCCCGGAUCGCCCAGUUGGACACGUCUCAGUGGCCCUUGCUGCUGAAGAACUUUGACAAGUUAAAUGUGAUGACAGCACACUACACACCUCUUUCUUCCGGUGCUAAUCCCCUGAAGAGAGAGAUUUCUGACUAUGUUAGGUCUGGAUUUAUUAACCUUGACAAACCUUCCAAUCCAUCUUCCCACGAGGUGGUUGCAUGGAUUCGACGCAUCCUUCGAGUAGAGAAGACUGGACACAGUGGCACUCUGGAUCCUAAGGUGACUGGAUGCCUCAUUGUGUGCAUUGAGAGGGCAACGCGACUGGUCAAAUCUCAGCAGAGCGCAGGCAAAGAGUAUGUGGGAAUUGUUCGGCUGCACAAUGCAAUUGAAAGUGAGGCUCAGCUUGCCAGGGCAAUAGAAACGCUGACAGGCGCGCUGUUUCAGCGACCACCCCUCAUUGCUGCUGUCAAACGACAACUGAGAGUCAGAACCAUCUAUGAGAGCAAGCUGGUGGAGUAUGAUCCUGAGAGAAGAUUAGGUAUCUUCUGGGUGAGCUGUGAAGCAGGCACGUAUAUCCGAACACUCUGUGUUCACCUUGGUUUGCUGCUUGGUGUGGGGGGCCAGAUGCAAGAGCUCCGCAGAGUGCGCUCAGGCAUCCUGGGAGAGAAGGACAACAUGGUGACUAUGCAUGAUGUACUGGAUGCACAGUGGCAGUACGACAACAACAAGGAUGAUAGCUACCUGCGAAGAGUUAUUCUGCCGUUGGAGAAACUGCUGACUUCACACAAGCGGCUAGUCAUGAAAGACAGUGCGGUUAAUGCCAUUUGCUAUGGAGCCAAGAUCAUGCUGCCUGGUGUCCUGAGGUAUGAAGAUGGUAUUGAACUUAAUCAGGAGAUUGUUGUCAUCACCACAAAAGGAGAAGCUGUCUGCCUAGCCAUUGCCUUGAUGACCACAGCAGUCAUUUCUACCUGCGACCAUGGCAUCGUGGCGAAGAUCAAGAGAGUGAUCAUGGAGAGAGACACGUAUCCCCGCAAAUGGGGUCUUGGUCCCAAGGCUAGUCAAAAGAAGAUGAUGAUCCAGAAGGGUCUGCUAGAUAAGCAUGGAAAGCCUAAUGAAAGCACGCCGGAUUCCUGGAAGAAGGAAUAUGUGGAUUACAGGGAUGCUUCCAAGAAAGAGGCAGCUGCUGUUCCCCGAGCUGUUUCAGAGCUGGAGAGGGCUCCAAAAAGGAAACGAGAGUCGGAGAGUGAAAGUGAAGAGACUGUGACUCCUCCAUCCCCUGCCACCCCACCACCAGAGGAGCUGAGCAAAAAGGAAAAGAAAAAGAAGAAGAAAGAGAAGAAGGCCAAAGAGGCAGCUGAGAGUGGGGGAGAGCAAUUAGAAGUGACCAGUGAGACCAGCACCAAGAAGAAGAAGAAGAAGAAACAAAAGGAAGUAGAAGAGAGCUCAGAGUAA